AUGUCAAGGUUAAUAGAUGACGUCAAAACUGGCCUCAAAGGUAUUCGCGGAGCUGGGGAUGCCAUUCGAGGCGAGGCAAUGGAGAUUACGGAUCAAGCAUUUGACAACAACCAAAACCAUCCGGAAACCCAAGCAGCGCAAACGAAGAAUCGAGCGAUCGCAGAGAAAUGGAAACAAAACGUUAAGGAUGUCGAUAAUAUGUUUGCUCAGCGUGAAUGGGAGCAUAAAGGUGUUCCGAGGACAGAUGGAGCUGCCCACGGAACUACCCAUCAUUCGACUACUCCCGGUGGGACACAUACGCAUACCCACAACACAACUAACAGCGGUGUCCCAAAGGCUAUCUGA